AUGCUGCGCGGUGGAAGUACAACUGCCUAUUUGUGUGAAGAACAAUCUAAAUUUAUCUACGAUCGCAUCGCCAUCGUAGAGAAACAUUUCGGUGAGCUGUGCGAAGCGUUUGCCGAGUACACCCGCAAGGUUGCCCGGGUGCGAGAUAAAGCGGAUGAGUUGGCCCACGCCACGCAGGACUACUGCGAUGCGGAGAAAUACAACGGAACACUCGCCACUGCCCUCUCCAGUUUGGCGAAGGCGGUUACUUUGAUCGGCGACUUCCACGAUUGUCGCGUGAAGCGUUUGGAGACACGCAUCGUGUCCGAGCUGGGCCAAUACGAAACCGUGUGCAAGCAAUGUAAAGAGGGGGUAAAGGAUGCGUUACAGGUUCGCGAUAAGGAUCUGGCCAAGCGGAAGCAGCUGGAACAGAGCAAACCGCGCAAUAGUCGUGGCGCCAGGCGUAACGCCAAUGACACGGAAAUGAUCAAGUCCACGCUGGAGGUGGAGAAAUCGCUGAAAGGCAUCGAGGCGUUUGUGGAGCGAUUCGAAAAACAAAAGCUCCGGGAUGUAAAGGAGUUGCUACUAAAUUUCGUUAUGAUCGAACUGAAAAUGCACGCGCAAGCAGUUGAGGUUCUUUCAGCCACCUAUCAGGACAUUAGCGAUAUCGACGAGAGCAAGGACCUUCAGGGUGUACACAAGGAACUCAAACGACAGAAUCGGCAAUUUAAGAAAUACCUUCAAAGGGACACGAUACCGGAUCGUUACUUUCUACAGCGCAUCAAAUCGCAGUCUAUGGGUGCAUUGAAUGCCACUCUGGCUGGGUUUUCGACAGGCCGUAAAAACAAAAGCUUCAGUUCCAAUUCGCUCAACUCAUCGCAGGAACAGGAACCGGAACAGGUCGUGGAUCAGCAGGCGACCCAAAGGAGUACCACUAGGCGCACUAACCGUACAGCAGUUCAGCAAUCAAUAGAAUCUCUGGACUCAAUGAAACGUGAUUUGUCGACGGAAUCCAAAUCUUCAUCCGACGAAGACGACGAAGAUGAUAGCGAGAUUAGCGAGACUGAAACGGACGACCAGUCGGAUACUAAUGUGAAGCAGCCGAGAAUAGGUGGACCAUCCGGAUUUUCUGAGGCUGGAAAAAAGAGUCAAGUAGAUACUUCGUUUAAAAUCAUUAAACUAAAAGACUACAAACCGUAACAAUGUCUCCAGCGAAUCAACCAGUAAAUCUAUCAGUAGCAUAGCAACCGGCACUGUUGAAUCGAAAAGAGUCCCUCGAAUAUAUCUCCUCA